AGAAUUUUAAAAGAAAAGAAAAUCAGAUAACGGUUCACUGCUAUCCCGCGAGCUCUCCUCCCCAGGAUCCCCAUCCUGCCUUCCUCUCUCCUCUCCAGCCGUUCUCUCAUCUGAUACGUCUCUUUCUCUCUCUUAAAAAAAAAAAAAAAAAAAAAUCUCUACCCGGAACCUAGAAAUAGGAAGAGGGAAAGGGACAGAAUCAGGUAGAAUAAAGAGGUACUCUCUCACACCCUUUCUCACUCUACGUUUCUCUCUGUGCGGAAUUGCAAUCAAGAUUGGAAUUUCUCUCCCACACGAAGUAAUUCUGUACUCUAAGGUUGCAAUUCCAUGCCCAUAUAUUGCAAUUUCUCUCUAUUUUAUUUGUGUUGCAUCAUCAAAUUUAAAUGGCAGAGCGUGAUUAGUUCCAUCACAACCAGGGUAUGCAAUAUAUGCUUGGCCUCAAACAGAGAGAAGCACAUUAAUCAUUGUUGAACUCUUAGCUGUGGUUAUACAAGGAAUAGAGAGAGAGAGAGGGGGGAGAGGUUGGGACAAUGACACAGUCGGAGAGGUUUUCAGUAGAUUUUGUGAUGGGAGGGACGGCGGCGAUAAUGUCGAAGAGUGCAGCAGCACCAAUUGAGAGGGUGAAGCUUUUACUGCAAAAUCAAGGAGAGCUGUUAAAGAGAGGACAACUGAAGAAACCUUAUACGGGUGUUGGUAAUUGCUUUAGUAGGGUCUUCAAAGAGGAGGGUCUAUUGGCCUUUUGGAGAGGUCACCAGGCCAAUGUCAUACGAUAUUUCCCAACUCAGGCUCUUAAUUUUGCAUUUAAAGGUUACUUCAAGAGCCUCUUUGGACGCUCAAAAGAGAAAGAUGGUUACAUGAAGUGGUUUGCCGGAAAUGUUGCUUCAGGGAGUGCUGCUGGAGCAACCACGUCAUUAUUUCUUUAUCAUUUGGAUUAUGCACGUACCCGUCUAGGUAUUGAUACAAAGGAGUUAGUUAAUGGUCAACGCCAAUUUAGAGGGCUAGUUGAUGUUUACCGUAAAACUUUGUCAAGUGAUGGAAUUGUAGGCCUGUAUAGGGGAUUUGGGGUUUCAAUCUUGGGAAUUACUCUCUACAGAGGCAUGUACUUUGGUAUCUAUGAUACCAUGAAGCCUAUUGUUUUGGUUGGGCCUUUUAAGGACAAUUUCUUUGCUAGUUUCCUGUUGGGUUGGAGUGUGACAACAGUUUCCGGGGUAUGUGCCUACCCCUUUGACACGCUGCGACGAAGGAUGAUGCUAACUUCUGGACAAUCCGUGAAGUAUAAUAAUGCACUCCAUGCACUCCGUGAAAUCAUUCGUCUUGAGGGUUUCAAUGCACUGUAUCGAGGAGUUACUGCAAACAUGCUUGUUGGUGUUGCAGGGGCUGGUGUACUUGCGGGCUAUGAUCAACUGUACCGAGUUGCAUAUAGACGCGGUUAUAAUCUUGAGCCUCAGAGAGCGAAUUGAAAAUCCAGCAUGGUGUGUGUACUGAUAUAGCUUGGAAAUUGAUUUUUUUUUUUUUCCUUUCCGUAAGCUAGUUUGGUAGGAGGGGUAUGAAGACAGCCGUGAGGGAAGAGAGGGAAGAUGUGCAGGUUGCCAUUGUUUGGUAUAAGGGAGAGGAAGAGGGAGGGGAAUGAAGGAUGAAUUAGGCAUCCCUUCUAGACACAUUUUCCACCUGUCUAUAACCAGGAGGGGCUUGAAGAGCAGCCGGGAGGGAAGAGAGGAAAGAUGUGCAGGUUGCCAUUGUUUGGUACAAGGGAGAGGAAGAGGGAGGGGAAAGAAGGAUGAAUUAGGCAUCCCUUCUAGACACAUUUUCCACCUGUCUAUAACCAGGAGGGGUAUGAAGAGAGGAAAGAUGUGCAGGUUGCCAUUGUUUGGUACAAGGGAGAGGAAGAGGGAGGGGAAUGAAAGAUGAAUUAGGCAUCCCUUCUAGACACAUUUUCCAUCUGUCUAUAACCAGGCACAAGGGGGAGGGACACUGAGAAUAGCUAUCCAUUCUUUACCAAAGGAAGCAUAAUUAUUUACUGUAAAUGCAGUAGGAAGAAGAGAAAGAAAGAUAAAUGGCAGAGGCGGCAUAAAAAUGGUGAUUGGUUUUGACAUUUUCCUCCAUGCGCUGAAGAGAGGUUUGUAUAUUGUGUACAGUGGAUUUAAUUAUUUUGAUUAAUUUGCAAUAUUAUUACAAGGGCAUUGAAAACAUUACAGUUUAUUGGUUUGAGUCUGAAUUUUUCUAUUUUAUCUUUAUUUUAUUAUUAA